UCACCCUAGUGGCGCUUUGGUCGGCGCGAUAAGUGAGGCAAAUCGAAAAUCGAUAAGGAAGAUCAAUGUCGAAUACCGUCGGUCAUGAUUACGUUAAACUUUGCUCCGGUUUAUAUAAAUCGCGGCCGACGGUAAUUGUUGGAUGCUCUACGAGUGGCGAUCGAAGGAGCGUUUAAAAUGACCAAGCAGAAAAUCGUCGAAUGUGUACCCAAUUUUUCGGAAGGACAGAAUCGGGAGGUGAUUGAUAAGAUAUCUGCAGCCAUUUCAUCUGUGGAUGGUAUAUCAUUACUGGAUGUUGAUCCUGGUCCCUCAACUAAUCGCACUGUCUAUACAUUUGUUGGGUCACCAGAUGCUGUAAUUGAAGGAGCAUUAAAUGCUGCAAGGACAGCAUUUAAAUUAAUUGAUAUGGCAAAACACAAAGGUGAGCAUCCACGAUUAGGUGCACUGGAUGUUUGUCCUUUUAUUCCAGUUCAAGGUGUAGAGAUGGAAGAAUGCAUCUAUUGUGCUCGUAAAUUUGCUGAAAAACUUGCAGCAGAAUUGAAAGUACCAGUUUAUUUAUAUGGAUAUGCUGCACAACAUGAAUAUAGAAAAACAGUUCCUCAGAUUAGAUGUGGUGAAUAUGAAGGAAUUCUUGAAAAAAUUGUUAAACCAGAAUGGAAACCUGAUUAUGGACCAGCUGAGUUUGUUCCUCAGUGGGGUGCUACUAUGGCUGGAGCAAGGAAAUUCCUCAUUGCUUAUAAUGUAAACCUUUUGGGCACAAAAGAACAAGCACAUCGAAUAGCAUUGAAUAUUCGUGAACAAGGAAGGAGCAAAGAAGAGCCUGGAAGAUUAAAGAAUUGUCAAGCAAUUGGUUGGUGGCUGGAUGAAUCAAAUAUUGCUCAAGUAUCAAUUAAUUUAACUGAUCAUGAAACAACACCUAUACAUACAGCAUUUGAAGAGGUUUCUUCAGAUGCUCGAGAAUUAAAUAUAGCUGUAACUGGAUCUCAGAUUGUGGGUUUGGUACCAUUGCGUGCAUUAUUACAAGCUGCUGAGUAUUAUAUUCAAAAAGAGAAUCUUUUCAUUUUAGAAGAAGAACAAAAAAUACAUUUGGUCAUAAAUAGGCUUGGACUGAAUUCACUUAGCCAGUUCAUUCCAAAAGAACGUGUAAUAGAAUAUAUGCUUCCAGAUCAACAAUCAGGAUCAUUAAUAAACAAGACAGUAAAAGAUUUUGUGUGUACAGUGGCUGCCAGAACACCUGCGCCUGGUGGUGGAUCUAUUGCUGGUGCUGUAGCUGCAAUGGGUGCUGCUUUAGGUGCAAUGGUUGGACAGAUGACUUAUGGUAAGAGACAGUGGGAAAUGUAUGAUGUACAGAUGCGGCGCUUAAUUCCUAUAUUGCAUUACACCAUGAAAGAACUACUUACCAUUAUUGAUAGAGAUACUACUGCUUUUAAUGAUUAUAUGGCUGCUCUAAAACUUCCAAGAACUACUGUAGAAGAAGAGGCAGUGAGAGAUGCUGCAAUGGAGGCAGGAUUAAAGAAAGCUAUUGCUGUUCCCAUGAAUCUUGCUAGAGCUGUGAGCAAAGUGUGGGAAGCAACAAAGGAAUUAGCUGUUGUUGCAAAUAUUGGUACAAAAUCUGAUCUUCAGGUUGGUGUGAAAUGCUUAGAAACAGGUGUGCUUGGUGCUUAUUGGAAUGUAACCAUCAAUACAGAAGGAAUCAAAGAUGAAAAAUAUAAAAAUGAGGUAUUACAAGAAAUAGAGCAACAUCGCUAUCUGGCGGAGAAGAACUGCAACGAAGUUCUGAAGUUACUACAAGAAAGAAAGGCUUAAUACCUGAAAUAAAUUUAAAGUGUAAAAUUAGGAUUAAAUUCCGACGCAAAAUCGCGGCUUAUUCGAUGUAAAUUUGUGUCCAAAUGGCACGAUGUGGAUCUAAUUUUCUGUUGGAAAAAUUAAAGUUCAGAUAUUAUAAAAUACAUUUGUUAGACUAAAGAUGAAUUUAAUUUACCUAGGGAGAUGGAUUGAAUGAAGAUAAAAGUAUCUGUUAUGCCAUUUUCCCAUUAAUAAUAAUUGAUGUAACUUUAUUAAACCACUUCUUGCCCAAAUAUAUCUAUUUUAUAUAUAUUA